GGCGGUCGGUCGUGAGGGGAGAACGGCUGAGGAGAGAGCUGAGUCCUGGCCAUGGCAGUGCAGGACCCCCGGCCCAACCACACCAUCUACAUCAACAACCUGAACGAGAAGAUCAAGAAGGAUGAGCUGAAGAAGUCCCUCUACGCCAUUUUCUCGCAGUUUGGGCAGAUUUUGGACAUUUUAGUGUCUCGCAGUCUCCGCAUGCGGGGCCAGGCCUUUGUCAUCUUCAAGGAGAUGAGCAGCGCCACCAACGCCCUGCGCUCCAUGCAGGGCUUCCCCUUCUACGACAAGCCCAUGCGGAUCCAGUACGCCAAGACGGACUCGGACAUCAUCGCCAAGAUGAAGGGAACGUUCGUGGAGCGGGAGCGGGAUCGGGACCGGGAGCGCAAACGGGACAAGCGCAAAGCCAAGGGGGGAGAGGCCCCUGGCCCCAAAAAGAGCGGGGCUGGAGCGCAGGGGACAACGCAGGGGGCAGUGCCCGGGAUGCCGCCACUGGCGCAGCCACCCCGGAUGUUGCCGCACCUGGGGGGACAACCGCCCUACAUCCCCCCGCCGGGCAUGAUUCCAGCCCCAGGAAUGGCCCCAAAUCCUGGAAUUCCCCCGGGAAUGGCCCCACAGCCUGGAAUGGCGCCGAUCCCUACCCCACAGCCCGUGACUGUCGGAAAACCCCCGAACCACAUCCUGUUCCUGACCAACCUCCCUGAGGAGACCAACGAGCUGAUGCUCUCCAUGCUCUUCAACCAGUUCCCAGGGUUCAAGGAGGUGCGCCUGGUGCCCGGGCGCCACGACAUCGCCUUCGUGGAGUUCGACACAGAGGUGCAGGCGGGCGCUGCCCGUGAGGCCCUGCAGGGCUUCAAGAUCACCCAGAGCAACGCCAUGAAGAUCUCUUUCGCCAAAAAGUGACCCAAAACACCCCAAACCCCACCAAAAUACCCCUAACCCCCCAAAAAAGGGCCUGAAAUACCCCAAGAUCCAAAAAAGCGCCUCCAAACCGCCCCUAAAUACCCAAAACCUGCCCCAAAACACCCCAAAAUCCCAUAGAAACACCCUAAAAUCCCUCAAAACCACCCCAGAACAC